AAGUCAAAAUAUACUCAUCUUAAUGUGUCCUAGAAAACAAGUAGGCCUACUGGACGUAAUGAGGACGCUGUGUCGUGCGCGCGCCCUGCCAGGAACGUGUGUGUGGAAUAACGGAGCACGCCACCGGUAAAGAACGGAAAUUCAUCCCUCCUAACCAUAUACCUGUGCUCUUGGAAUAGACUGUCUCAUCAACAGAAAAAUACCUCCACUAGGACGAAAGUGGGGUUAUGCUUUGCGCUCAUAUUUAUUCACAUGUUACCGUCGAGUGACGUUGUUUGAUUGUAGCGAUCUUCAUAUUCUACUGUGCUGUGCGACCUCCUACGCUACGCCGUAGCGUUUUCCCCUCCUCCGGCGACUGGUACUCUGAAGCUCCGUAUCUCAAGGUUACUACUGUGCUUUUGAAGGUCUUGAUGGGGGCACUGAUUUUUGCGACGAUUCUCUGGACACUCACUGGAGUGGGAUGCCUGCCCCUGCAGAUCGGGAAGGCUACUGACUGUGUCCAGAAGGACUCUGUGAGCAGCAGUGUGGGUGGGCCACAUCCUCCAUGUGAUGAGCAAAUGACAGUGGCACUGGAGGAGGCUCUGACCGCUGAGCAGAGGCACGAGGGUCUGCUGAUGGAACUCCAGGAGCUGGCUGAGGAGGAGAGACAGAGGCAAAGGGAUUACGUGCGUGAGCUGGAGGAGAGCAAGAAGAGCACGGCACGGAGGUACAGCGAGCUGGACCAGGACGACCAGGACGACUUCAACGAGGACGAGGACGACCUCGGCAACGGCCUCUCCAUGGACGAACCAUUCGAGGAGGAGGAGGAUGAUGAUGAGGAGGAGGAGGUGGAGGAAGAUGGCGGCGAGAAGAGGAGCGAUGAUGGGGGGGUGAUGGAGGAACCGCGUCUGGAAGCAGGCGGAAGCCACGUGGACGUAGCGGAGGAGGAAGAGAAGGCCCGCCAGCUGGAGGAGCUGCUGGCCGAGGAGAUCCGCAAGAAGGACAAGGCGCAGGACAAGGACCAGGAGCUGGAGGAACUCCUGCGGGAGCUGAAGAAGAAGAGGUACGAAGCGGCCAAGGAGCGCAAGGAGCGUAAGGAGAAGCCCGAGGAGGCGGAGGAGGGGGAGGAGAAGGAGAGGAAGGUGAGGAAGGGCCAGGCGGAGAAGCUGGAGGACAUGGAGAGGAAGAGGAGUGAGGAGAGGAGGAAGAACGAGGUGGAGCUGAUGGUGGAGAAGGAGAAGGUGGAAAGGGAGCUCAAGCAGCUCCUGGAGGAGCAGAAGGACACCACCAAGGCCUGGGACAAGGAGAAGGAGAGGGAGGAGAAGGAGGAGGAGCUGCAGGAGCUGCUCAGGAAGAUGAAGCGCAUGCAGGAGGAGGAGGAGACGCAGGGGAAGAAGGAGAGCGCGAGCAGAGGAAAGACAGAGGAGGAGGAGGAGGGAGGAGGGGAGGUGAAGGACGCAAAGGAAGGAGCGAAGGCCGAGGCAGAGGAGGAGAAGAAGACAGAGGUGGUAGAAAGCAAGGGGGGGAAGGCGGCCGCGGAGGAGGUGGAGGUGGUGGGAGGGGAGGUGGAGUUGAGGGAGGCGCAGCAGAAGAGGGUGAUGGAGAACGCCAGCGACGAGGCCACCCGGCAGUUCGACAGGGAGCACUAUGAAGACGAGGACGAGGUGGUCGACGACGACGAUGAUGAGGAGGAAGAGGAGGAGGAUGAAGAUGUAGGAGAUGAGGAAGAGGAGGAUGAGGAGCUGCUGGAGAUUGAGACCGAACUACGCAGAGUGGCAGCAGAGCUGAGAGCACUACGACUGGGCUAAGAUCAUGAAAACACACCUCUCUCUCUCUCUCUCUCUCACACACACACACACACACACACACACACACAAAUACUCUCUCUC